GGGCUUGUCAAAUAUCGGCCAACUUCUUUUCUUUUCUUGAAGUUUGACUGCCCAAAGACCCCCUCUCGGUCAGGUCUUUCCGAAUGUCCCCCAUGGCUAUACAUCAGGUCAACUAAUCCAGAUUGUCAUUCGUCUCCCCCCGGUUCUGGAGCAAGCGAGCUGCCCCAUCAAGAUGAUCAGCCCGGGACAGCCCAGCCAGACUCGGCACUUGGGCCAUAAUCCCACAGUACACUAUCCGUACAUAGAUGUGUUGUCCAGUGACAUCAUGCCGGUUCUCUUGCAGACGAUGACAGCCCUGGCGAGCCAUCGUCGUGUACGGAUACAGUCGAAAACCAGGCGAACGUACUUCCCCGAUCUAUACAGAGUUCAACCGCCACAAUUGUCCCAGAAACGGAUUAAUCGACGGCGAAGGAUAAUUAUCUUUGGUCGUACACGAGAGCAGAGAGCAACGAAGAUGCUGAUUACGGCCACAUCAUGGAUGACCUCCAGCGACGAUUCCACGGACCACAGUACGGAUAGACGAGGACGAGCCCACUCAUCAGAGGCCCGGAAAUUCGCGAAAAGGCGCGACGCGUCUUCAUUGCAAUUCCACAUAACCCAGUUCCGAUUCCCCAUCUUCAAAUAACCCAUUACCCAACUUCAACUUGGGCCAUGCGGCCCAAUGAGGCAAAUCCACAAUCCCCCCCCCCCCCCC